AUGAACUUCCAAUCGCGCGUAUCCACAACUACCGUGCACGAACUCCUCUUCGCCGACGACUGCGCCCUGAACACCACCUCCGAAGCGGAGAUGCAACGGAGCAUGGACCUAUUCUCCGCCGCCUGCGAGAACUUUGGGCUGGUCAUUAACACGCAGAAGACGGUGGUGAUGCACCAACCGCCGCCCAACUCAACCACAGCCCCCAACGCGCCGCCGCAGAUCAGCGUGAACGGAAAUCAACUGCAAGUGGUAGAGAACUUCUCGUAUCUGGGCAGUACCCUCUCCCAAAACACCAAGAUUGAUGACGAAGUCGCCAGCAGGAUCUCGAAAGCCAGUCAAGCCUUCGGUCGUCUCCGAAACACAGUUUGGAAUCGCCACGGUCUCCAACUGAGCACGAAGCUGAAGAUGUACAAGGCCGUCAUCCCGCCGACGUUACUAUACGGAGCAGAGACAUGGACGGUGUACAUGAGACAGGCACGCCGACUGAACCACUUCCACCUCAGUUGUCUCCGUCGCAUCCUGAGGCUGAACUGGCAGGAUCGAAUCCCCGACACGGAAGUACUGGAACGAACGGGAAUCCUCAGUAUCUACGCCAUAAUGAGACAAAUGCAGCUGCGCUGGAGCGGCCACCUGGUGCGCAUGGAUGACGAGCGACUACCCAAACGACUCUUCUACGGAGACGUCGCGACGGGUUCUCGUCGUCAAGGAGGCCAAAUUCGCUGUUACAAGGAUACCCUGAAGUCCUCCCUGAAGCGCCUGCAAAUCAACCCGACCAACUGGGAGGAGCUCGCUCGCGAUCGCCCGACAUGGAGGAGAACAGUGAAGACUGGAGCUGCCAUCUAUGAAGCCAACCGAAUCGCCGCCGCCAAAGCGAAACGCGAAGCCCGCAAAUCACAACUUCGCCCAGUCCGCAACGCCGCCGCACAACCUCUCCCUACGUGUCCUCGAUGCCACCGGACAUUCCGGGCACGAAUCGGACUUGUUGGACAUCUUCGAACCAAUUGCACCUCUCGAACUGCUCCAGCCAUCGUUCCCCCGCCCGCCUCUUCCUCGCCCUCUCUGCCGCCAACUAACUCUGACACUCCUUCUGCACCACCACUACCAUCCUCCUCCUUCUCCUCCACUGCCCCAGCGACGGCCGUUCAGGCUGCCGUCUCACACAUCGCCAACCAAGACACAACAACCGCCACCACCCCCACCCCUCCCGAUUCCAGUGAUGAGGAUCAGGACUACACCUGCCCUCACUGCGACCGCACCUUCACCUCACACAUCGGCCUGGUCGGUCACUUGCGAAUCCAUCGCACAGAGACUGGCGAACCAGUGCCUGGAGCACCAACCUACACCCGCCGCACUCGUCUCCACUGCCCACACUGCCCUCGCACCUUCACGCAUCGCAUGGGUCUAUUCGGCCACAUGCGCAUCCACGAGAGCGGAAUUGACCGCAGCCUUGACACACCCACCCCGCCGAGCCCCACUCCCAAUCCACCACCUUGUGCACCCACUAACCACUCCCCAGCCGACAUCGACGCCACCGACCUUACCACCCCUCACUCCUCCCCUUCCUCCUCCUCUUCCUCCUUCACUGCCACAACGACGGCCGCUUCGGCGUCUGUCGCCCACGACCUCACCACAGCCGAACCUGACACAACAACAGGCACAACCCCUGCAAACUCCAUCAUCCGACGUGAGGGCCAGGGCUACAUCUGCCCUCACUGCGAUCGCAACUUCACUUCACGCAUUGGCCUGGUCGGUCACUUGCGAAUCCAUCGCACAGAGACUGGCGAACCAGUGCCUGGAGCAGCAACCUACACCCACCGCACUCGCCUCCACUACCCACACUGCCCUCGCACCUUCACGCAUCGCAUGGGUCUAUUCGGCCACAUGCGCAUCCACGACGACCUGCGGUAG